AUGACUAUUAGCUUAAGUUUUAUAAUAGCUGCUGGUCUUAUUCUUUUCCUUGCCUCUCGAUAUGCUACAGGUCAAGCCAUAAUGAGAAUCCCACUCAAAACGAAAACUUUGUGGAACAAGGACGAUGUAAGUUUAACAAAUGUUAAUGACAAUACUUACUUCGGGCAAAUUAUGGUAGGAACUCCGGGUCAGCCUUUCAACGUGUUGUUUGACACCGGGAGUUACGACCUGUGGGUUCCUUCUUUAAAAUGGCCUAAACCGAGAGGCAAAAAGUAUAGAUCAAGCGCAUCAAAAACUUUCAUACCCAAUGGGAAGAAAGCAGAAAUCAGAUAUGGAGCAGGUUCUCUGAAGGGGUUCAUAAGCAACGAUACGAUCGAGAUAGGCGGGUUACGCGUCAGGUACCAAGAGUUCAUCGAGGCAACUGAAUCUCCGGGUAAACAGAUUUACCAAAGGCCGUGGGAUGGCAUAUUUGGACUUUCAGGCAUAUCGAAAUCGACCAUUACAGGAAUUCGUCCCGUCUGGAGAACGAUGAUGGAUAAAGGGGUGGUUACAAAGAAAGUGUUCUCGAUAUGGCUUCGACGGUAUAGUGAUUCUGCUGAAGACGGUGGAGAAAUAGUCUUUGGAGGUACAGACCCACAGCACUUCACGGGAGCUCAUACCUACGUUGUUGCUGAAGGGACUCUUAACACAUUCAAGAUGUACUCCUUUUUUGUGGGCAAAAUUGACACCAAAGUUUGCUCCAAGGGAUGCAAUGUUGUUGUGGACUCGGGGAGUACAUACAUUCGUGGUCCACCUAAUUUGAUCGUCAAGAUUAAUAAGCAAAUCGAAGUAGCAGCAGACUGCUCUAAUUAUGACAAGCUGUCUGAAGUUAUAAGCUUCACAAUAGCUGCAAAGACUUUUACCCUCACACCACGCGAUUACAUUGAGAGAAAGAAUGGGAAAUGCAAGAGUGUAUUCUCGGACAGUGCGACUAAUUUUUGGCAACUUGGCACGCCAUUCAUUCGAGCAUUUCAUACUGUUUGGGACUACCAGACUCCAGGAACUGUUAAAGUCGGAUUCGCCAAGUCCAAAUAA